UUUCCGCCCCCUCCCACCAACCAAAUCUAGGGUUUCCGCCCGCCGCCGGCGAGAAUGUCGGCCAGCGCCGACCCCGCGAAGGCCCCCGCCCCCUCGGAGGAGAAGCCGGAGGCCGGCUCCGGCGGGGAGCUGCUCUACUGCGGCGCGACCAACUUCGAGGCCAUGAACCGGAAGCUGGCGGGCGGGAUGCAGGGCAACCUGGUGUCCCCCACGCGCCUGCGCUCGCUCCUCGGCGUGGACAUCCGCUCCGUCGCCACCGGCUGCGCGGCUUGCCAUUCUGUUGCUUUGGGUGCUGAUGGUCGUUGCUAUACAUGGGGUCGCAAUGAGAAGGGGCAGUUGGGGCAUGGGGAUACUCGUCAGCGUAACCUACCAACCGUUGUUUCCGAACUAUCAAAAUAUAAAAUAAUUAAAGCAAGUGUUGGAAGAAAUCACACAGUUGUUGUUACCGACGAGGGCAAGUCCUUCGCUUUUGGUCACAACAAACACGGGCAGUUGGGGACAGGUUCCCUAAGGAAUGAAAUCGAGACAUCGCCAGUGUCCUGUCUUGUGACUGAUGUAACUAACGCGGUUUGUGGUGGUGAUUUUACUGUCUGGCUGUCUUCAGUUGAGGGCUCUUCUAUACUUACAGCAGGUCUUCCCCAGUACGGCCAACUUGGUCAUGGAACUGACAAUGAGUACAAUACCAAAGAUUCGUCAGUAAAGCUAUCAUAUGAAGCCCAACCCCGCCCCAAGGCAAUAGCCGUGUUCUCUGAGAAAACUAUUGUGAAAGUUGCAUGUGGAACAAAUCAUACAGUUGCAGUUGAUUCAAGUGGAUUUGUUUACACAUGGGGGUAUGGCGGGUAUGGAAGGUUGGGCCACAGAGAACAAAAGGAUGAGUGGAAACCUCGCCUCGUUGAAAUAUUUCAAAGGCACAAUGUUCUGCCUCCCAAUGCUAUUGUCUCAGCUGGUUCUGCAAGUUCUGCAUGUACUGCCGGCGGUGGACAAAUGUACAUGUGGGGAAAAAUGAAGAAUACAGGUGAUGACUGGAUGUAUCCAAAGCCGCUAAUGGAUUUAAGUGGCUGGAAUGUCCGGUGCAUGGCUUCUGGUAACAUGCACCACAUUGUUGGUGCAGAUGAUUCUUGCAUAAGCUGGGGUGCUGCCCAAUUUGGAGAGCUCGGUUAUGGCCCUAACGGGCAAAAAUCAUCUGCGAAUCCUAAAAAGGUUGACAGUCUAAAUGGAAUGCAUGUUACAAGUGUUGGUUGUGGAUUUGGACUGUCUCUGAUUGUUGUGGACAGAGCACAAGCUGGUUCUAAGCUUGAUGAGCUGGAUAUUUAUGAUGGCGAUACCUCCACUCAAGAAGAGAAAGUGGAGGUGAAGGCAACCAAGAAGGCACCUGCUAGUGCCAAGUCCAACAAGCGUAAGAAAACCAAGGACCUUUCUGAAUCAGAAGAAGAGGACGAUGACGAGAGCUCAGACGACGAGAAUGGAGAUGUUAAGGGUGCAAAGGGUGGCAGGGGUGGUAAAGCGUCGACUAGGGGGAGAGGCAGGGGAGCCAAGAAGGCUACUCCGGAGCCCAAGUCAUCUGGAAGGGGCAGAGGCCGCCCGAAGAAAACCGAGAGCCCUCCAGCAAAGGCAGAGAGCUCGGGACGAGGUGGAAAGAGAGGCCGAGGCAGGCCUCGGAAGGCCUAAAGCCUCGGCAAGCCUUUUGCGGAAAUCAGGUCAAGUGAUGUCUAACACCUGACGUGAUCCAGCCAGCCAUUCGAGAGUAGUUGUUUCUUAGCAGUGCUUUCUUGCUCUGGCCAUGACUGCCUGCCUGUGAUUCAAAAGAUUUUUCGGACUUGUAGCCUCUUAUUGUGUGUCUGGAAUGUUUAACAUGCGCAACUGAAUUUUUCAUUGGUAAUUCUGAGUGAGGUUUUCUGUUCAAUCCU